AUGCUCACCCCUGCGACCAUGACCCACUCCACCGCCCCCAACCAGAACAAGCGUUCUUCCAAGGCUCCUGCACAGUCUCUUAAUCAUCUUCUCAACUUUAGUCUCCCGCCUAGACAAUCGCAUCAUAAUCAAAGCAUACCCCGCAGAGCGAGAAAGAUUGGUAACCAGUAUGGGGUAUGGAAUAAGGAACGCUUUGUGAAUGCUCAAUAUCGGUUCCUGAUGAAUCCCACUGGGGAUUACACAGUGCAUUUUGCGGAUCCAGACAUCUACUUUCAGUGGCAUGAUAUUCUCCAAGUCAUCAUUCCUAGAGGGCACUCCGUAUUGCAUCCCGAGAGGCAGUCCGCUCAUGACGAUGACAUUCUCACAUGUCCUAUCUGCCUUUCGCCUCCCACCGCACCCAGGAUGACCAAAUGCGGUCAUGUGUUCUGUUACCCCUGUAUGCUUCACCUACUCAGCACAUCUGAGCAGCUGAAGUGGGUUAGAUGCCCCAUCUGUUUCGACUCAGUAAACGAACGGCAACUCAAAGCCGUAAAGUGGCUAGACGAGGUCCCUGCCGCUGAAGAUGUCGACGACAGCCAUAUCGAGGGAUCAUCGUCGUCGACUUCACUGGACCGUGACCAAUUCGCCGCGCCACGCUCCGGAGCUACCCUUCGGAUGCGCCUCAUUCAACGACCACAAAUCACCACCCUCGCUUUACCUCGCUCAACCACCUGGCCCUCCGAUCUCAUGCCGCCGCAUCAGGCACCGUUCCACUUCCUACCUGAUGUUCUUGCUUUUGCCAAGUUCAUGUUGGCAACACCAUCCGAGCUGAUCCAAGACCUGUCGAAGGAUCUAGACGAUCUUGCUACCGAGCGGCGGUUACUGUGGGGCAUGGGUGAUGAACUCGGUGCUGUGUUUAUAGACGCAGCUGACGCAAAGGUCCGACACCAAAUCGAGAAGGCUUCGGCUUUGGAGACGCCUCAUCUCCGUGAAGCUAUCGAGACGGCCCGCCAUGUCGCUCGGCAGUUUGAGGAUCGAUCCAACCUCACUCGUCAUCGUAAAGCAGAAGCCCCGUCGCUCCCUCCCGAGGAGGUUCCAGAAGCGUUCCUGGCGGCGCAAGGUCCUGGCUACGUCGCACCGCAGCCUUCCAGAGAAUCGGCGCCCACACCCACGGGCCGCAAUCAGCGACAACGCCGGAAUCUGAAUCCUCCACCGCCGUCCACUUCGACGUAUUACUACUAUCAGGCUGCGAACGGCCUGCCCAUCUUCCUCCACCCGCUCGACAUCAAGAUACUCUUCUCACAUUUCCACAGCUACCCGGCCUUUCCGGACGAGAUCACCGUCCGCGUAGAGUCCUACACGGAGAGCACCGUCAACGACGACCUCCGCAAGCGCUGUAAGUACCUCGGCCAUCUCCCCGAGGGCGCCGACGUCACCUUCAUCGAGGCGGACCUCUCCCUCGUUGUCGGCGCGGACGGUUUGCGACCCUUUGAGAACGCACUCAGGACCCGCCGCGCGAGGCGCAAGGAGAAGGGCAAGCGCGACGACAAGGCCCGGGCGCGGGCAGAGGAGCGCGAGAAGGAGAAGCUCGCGCAGACUUGGCACGAGUUCGGCUAUGCACCCCCCGCCCCCGUGUCGGUCCCGCUCGAUAUCGUGCGCGAGGACCCUGACUUUGCUGCUGCUGCCGCCGCCGCCACAGACGCCCCAGGGGGCGAGCCGGAAGAGGAUGCUUCCUCCUCCCCACCACAGCCGGCGGGCGCGUGGGGUGCGCGCAGUUUCGCUUCGGCUGCGACCGCAGCCCAGGGGCGAGCGCAGCAGGCGCCGCGUCCUGCGGCGGUGCGGAACAACCGCGGGGGCGCAGAGGACGAAUGGGAGUUGGAUAUGGCCUUCCACGAGCUGGAGCAGCGCAGCGCGAAGGGAGGGGGGAAGAAGCGGAACAACAGGAUGGUCAUCCUCGGUGGUGGCGGCGGGCGUCGCGCGCGAUGA